AUGCAAGGGUUUUCGCUCUUUGAUCCGAGGAUCAAGCCGGACCUACUCGACGAUAUCGACACGCCCGCCAACGGGUUCUGGCUCAACGCUGCCAUCCACAAGAACUUCGACAGCGCGCGCUUUGCCGUGUUCCACGGACGCGUCGUCCCGCUCCUCGACUUUGUCGGCUGGACGCUCGAGAGAGGCGCCUGGAUGCUCGCCACGCCAAGCACAGAUGCGCGUCACGAGAGGCUGCAGGCCAUCGUCGACGCAUUCUUCAUCUCGCACCAAGCCCCCUCGACCACGAGCGAUGACGAAAAGGAGCUGCUCCGCACAGAGAUCAGGCUAGGACUCAUCGACGCCGACGUGUGGCAAUGGUUCCUGCUGCACAUAAAGUCGACAUACAAUGUCUAUGAGGCGUACACGCCGGCCGUCACCAAGAAGUUCCUUGAAGACAUGUUCAAGGUCCGCGAUGGCGCGUCUGCCCCUGCUGCAUCGGGAACCCGUCAAGGCAAGAAACGCAAGGUGGCAGAGGCAACGCAGCAGCCUGGGCCUGGCUCUUCGACUUCCGCUGACGCGUCUGGCGCUGCUGAGGCAACGAGGGACUCGGAGCAUACCAGACGCCGCCCUUUGACGCCUGCUCCUUUUUCUGGCACUGCGCGGGAACCGGCUUAUCUCAGCAGCGAAGGGAGCGGCUCCAGCCUUGGCAGCUCACUGAAGAGGAAGACAGUUCCUGGAUCCCCUCCCCAACAGCAGGCCCGUACGGACGUGAAGGAGUACGGCAGCGGCUCCGAGGCCAAGGGAGGCGCCUUUUACGGCCGCAGCAACCCGCUGCGCGCAGAUCUUGACACGGGCGACGACCACCGCGACCUCGACGUCGGCGGCGAACCCAAGGCGAGGGCUGUAGAGGUGGGAGGCCUGUCCGACGACGGCGAGCAAGAUUACGAAGAUUCCGAUGAGGACGAGGACGAGGACGAGGACGAGGACGAGGACAACGACGACGAGGACGAGGACGACGACGAGGAAGAAGAUCACGGCGAACGCUUCGUCAGGUUCGUCCAGAUGAGCCUGUCGGCCAAGUCGAUGCUCAGCCACCCCGCCUAG